AUGAGUGUUAUUCUAUGUACCGCGGGUUAUGACCAUACUAUCCGCUUUUGGGAGGCUCUAUCUGGUAUUUGCUCGCGCACAAUACAGCAUCCCGACUCCCAGGUAAACCGCCUUUGCAUCACACCUGACAAACGAUAUCUCGCGGCUGCCGGUCACAGCAAUGUGAAAUUAUACGACAUUAAAUCCACGAACCCGAAUCCGGUGAUGACAUUUGAAGGCCACACAAACAAUAUCACCGGCGUUGCGUUUCAUUGCGAAGGGAAGUGGAUGGUUACCAGCUCUGAAGAUGGCACAGUAAAGGUAUGGGACACAAGAACUGGCAGUUUGCAGCGCAAUUAUGCGCACAAAGCUCCGGUGAAUGAUGUAGUCAUACAUCCAAACCAAGGAGAACUUAUCAGCGGUGACCGCGCUGGUAUUGUCCGAGUAUGGGAUCUCGGGGAGAGCGUCUGCACUCAUCAAUUGAUCCCAGAGGACGACGUUGGUGUGCAUAGUGUCAGCGUUGCCAGUGAUGGAUCUCUACUCUGCGCAGGAAACAAGAAGGGAAACGUGUACAUCUGGCGAAUGAUCCAAGAGGCCGAAGUAACUCGCAUUGUUCCGAUUUGUACCUUCCAAGCUCACAAGGACUAUCUCACCCGUGUCCUCCUAUCGCCUGAUGUCAAACACCUGGCAACCUGCUCCGCUGACCAUACUGCAAAAGUAUGGAACCUCGACCUGGACUAUCCCCCGGCGAAAAUGGCCAUUGCAUCGGCCGCCCGGCCAAAAGCCAAAUCGCCAUCUAUAACAGAAUCGAAGCCAACGUCCCCGUCUCCUGUGGGAACCGAGAGUCAAAGCAGUUCAAUGCAGUUUGAGAAGGGCAGAGCGGACAGUAUUCCAUUCCACUUGCUCAACGGGACCCCGCCGCCUGGAAAUCCCGUUGAACCGCCACCAUCAUUUCCUGUACAGCCGGACGGCCCUCCCAUGGACCCGAAUACCGGCACACUUUUCCUAGAAACAACAUUAGCAAACCACCAACGGUGGGUCUGGGACUGUGCGUUUUCAGCCGAUUCUGCGUAUUUGGUUACUGUGUCUAGUGACCAUUAUGCGCGAUUAUGGGAACUGGCGUCCGGACAGAUAAUCCGUCAAUAUAGUGGGCAUCACCGCGGGGCGGUAUGUGUUGCACUAAACGAUUAUUCGGAGCCUCGUUAG